AUGCGAGCUGGGAAACCUGUCGGCGGUCAACCGCUGGAGUUGUUCAGCUGUUCUCAUGGCGAGUGUGGCGCAACUUUCACCAGGCAGUGGAAACUCAAAGAGCAUGAGACUGUGCACACCGGGGCGCGCCCGUGCCAAUGUACAGUUGCCGGCUGCGGUCGUCGCUUUUCCAGAAGCUCUCACCUGCGACGCCACAUGCUUGAGCACACCGGGGAAAAGCAAUUCAAAUGCAAGUUUGUGACCUGUACAAAGGCUUUCUUUCACGCAAGCAAAUUGAAGAGACACGUGCGCUUCGCCCAUGGAGACAAAAAUAAGUACUUCAAGUGCAAACACCCAAACUGCUCUCUGACCUUCAAAAAGCGCAGAUUGUUUAAGUUGCACCUGAAGGAACAUGAAAUGGUUGCCAAGUUCAAAUGUUCGAAGGAUGGAUGCGCUGCCACAUUUGACUCCCAUAUUGCCCGCAAAGCCCACGAGAAGAAGCAUGCAGGUUACCGCUGCCCUCAUACUAAUUGCCAGGUAUUUGAACAUACCUGGGGGAAACUUCAGAAACACAUGAUUAAACACCCAGCAACAUUUACAUGCCAAGUGUGCAAGAAGGAGUUUAAGAAAGUGGAUUCUUUGCGGAGGCACAAGCGGAUGCAUGCUUCCCACAAGCCUGUGCUGGUCUGUCCCAGAGAUGACUGCCAGGCUUACUUUUCUACAACCUUUAACCUGCAGCACCAUAUUCGCAAGGUGCACCUUGACCUGCUCAAAUACAGAUGUUCCUUCCCUGACUGUACUCGCAUGUUUGCUAUGCGGGAGAGUAUGACAAGACACCUACUUCGCCAUGACCCAAAUGCUACCACUCUGAAAAAACGGCAGCGACCCAGAAAAACCUGGCAGAAGCGCUUGAAUGGACAAAAUCUGCCACUCGUGGAGGAAAACCUGCAUCACCUAUUUGCUCUGCGCAUGCGAAUCUCCAGACGUGCCAAGGUGGAAACGAACCUCUCAGGCCUCUUCAAUGAGCGCAAGAUCCAUCACUAUGUUGACCCAGAAGUCAAUCUGCGUAACCUGUUUGGGAUCAAACAGUAUCAGGCUCUGGAGAACGAGAUUGCGCCAGAACUGGAACACGCUGUCAUAUCCGCCGAGCCGAGCGUCCCAAACAUGCUCAAUGGGUACAUGUCUGAACACCUCUCCAACCUGCCAGACACCAUCAAAUGUGAGCAUUUGCCCACUCAAGUUGGUUACAGUGACGAACUGCAGUCAGGUCCAGACCCCGAUGAGGACGACGAGCAUGCAGAUGAGCUUCCCUGA